GCAGGUGCCCGGAUGUCUAGAGUAUCCAAGAUGGCUGCGCCCACGGAAUGCCGACCUGCAGCCACAAUAGAUCGAUUUUUACGUCAUGAAUAUCGAUUUCUGUGAGUCAUGCUGCCACUGCUAGCUGUCUUACAGGGGAUCAUGAGAAAUGUGAAGCGCCAUAAAACAAAGACAGAAACAGAGGAAAAUGACAAAAAUAAAGAAGAGAAAAAAAAAGCAGAACGACCCAGUGUACGGCGAAAAGUAAAGCGUCAGAAGCAUGAACCCCACAUUCACUGGGACCGGCUUUGUCUGCUUGUGUUCACUGUCGUUAACGUGCCUCUUCUGGCGUGGAACUGGAAGCAUCUGAAGCAAAAAUACCUGGAGUACAUGGAGCCUGAGUAUGAGUUCAAGACUUUUUCUUUUGACCACCUAUCUGCUUUGUCCCAGCGAGAGAUGAACAUGAAGAAAUAUGCCUACAACUACAGCACCACUCAUAUAGACAAAAGGGCCAAUCUCAGCCGUCAAGAAUUCACUGAUGUUUACGAUGGAGCUUGGCCCGUGAUUAUCACAGAUGUGGUCCCCAAAUGGGGCGCCUAUCACUGGAGUAAACAGUUCCUGCUGAAGUAUUAUGGGAAGGACAGGAUCACGAUGAAGGCUGUCGAUGGUCGCCUAGACAACGCAGAGAGUCUGGCCCUCCCCCUGGAGCUCUACUUCAAACACGCCCAUGAGGGGACGUUUAGGCGAUGGACCUACGUGGAAGAUGAGCUGUUCAUUCCUACAAGACCACAGCUGAGGAGAGAUGUCGGGGACUGUGAGUACCUGAAGGAGGAUUACUUCCAGCUGUUCCCUGAGGAAGUACGUCCCUGGAACGCCAUGUUGUUGUGGGGUACGCCGCACUCGCGCUCUUCUCUCCACAUUGACCCUUACAACUGGACAGGUACCAAUGCCGUCAUUAAGGGGAGGAAACAGUGGAAGUUGAUUCCACCUGGACAGGACCACCUUCUGUAUGUAAAAGAAGGAAAAAUGUCAGGAUUUCCUUUGGAGUGCCAUAAAUACAACAGCCCAGUUGACCUGUAUGACCUUGACCUGAAUACAUACCCUCUGGUCAGUCAGCUGGUGACCAUAGAGGUGGACCAGCUGCCUGGAGAACUGCUGAUUAUACCACCUGGGUGGUUCCAUCAGGCUUACAACCCAGAGGAGACUCUUGCUGUGUCCAGUCAGGUGAUGAACUCGGUGAACUACCGGGUGGUACUGGAGGAGAUCCUGAAGGCAGGCAAUGUCCCGCGUACUGGCUGGAAUCCCAGUCUUCCCUACAGCAGUCCCCAGGAACAGGUCCAGGAGGUGAUGUCCAGGCUGCCCAAACAGCUGCUGAAGAGAGGCCAAGCAGUCACAGACGACAUGCAAGACCAGAUUCAGAAUGGAAUGAAGAAGAAACCACGGCAGCAGAAGAGAAAGUGGAAGAAGAGCAGCACCUGGUCCCAGUGGAGCAGUGACACGAGCAGUGGAUAGAUGGCGCCAGCUCUCCUUCAUAUUCCAGUCCCUCCAGACACCUGGCGCCAUCUAGUUUAAUGUUGUUAUAAGGUGGAAUUUAUAUUGCUUGGCUUGUUUUAUAAAUAAGCCUUGUUUUUAAAAGUGUACUCUUAUUGUGUAAUUAGUUUGUAUUUAUACAGAAUUUCUAUUUUUAAUUUUUUUCAUAUGUUGGAUAGCAACUGCGAAGGUGAUCAGACUCUAUCAUUGCUCAAUGUCAAGUGAAAAAAGGCAAAUUAUAAUUACUUAAUUAUCAGGUGACCAUAAGAUUUUCCAUAUACCUAUUUUUAUACAAUUCCCAUUUCCAUUACCUUUUAAUAUGCAAUAUUCAUACAAUAAGAUAUUCUGCACAGGACAGAUAUGAGAUGAGUUGAUUGAUGGGGUGGUGCCUCUUACAGCACCCUGAGGUUCAGAAGACACAGAAAAUCAGUGGCGGAUUUAGGGAGGGGGGUGUCGGGGGUCCGGACCAUCCCUUCAGUUUCUGAAAAACAAUCACACCAAUGGUCCCCUAUAGAAAUUAGAAUUUUGACUAGCUAAAUCAUAGUUUUAAACGCUUAUAAAUGGCACUGUUCACCCUCUAAAAAACUAAAAUUUUUGGAGCCCUUCAGCGGGGCCCCAGGCCCCAGCCAAGAGGGAGGGUUGGCUUCACAUCCGCAGACCCCCCCUCCCAAAAAUCCCAGAUCCGCCCUUGGAAAACUGAUCAGUCCUAUCUUCUUCAAUCUUAGGGUGUCUGGCUGUGACUGUUGUUGGAAAGUUUUCUACGAAGCAUCUGCUGUGAACUCCAAUAAUGACUGUCUCUUCACAUGUAACUGUAUUUUACACCAUGGAAAGGGGGCUAUGAAAAGUAUUUUUGUUAAACUUAUGUGAACACUUGUUUUGAGAGAAUAUAAUGGCCUGUGAAGUAAAAAAUAUUAUCCCUGAUGAGAAGUGCAAUUUACUUAGAGUGAACAUGCUUGAAAUGCAUGUAGUGUUCAGUUGAUUUUGGCUGAAAAUGAGUUUCUAAGGUAUAUAUUCACAUAUGUUUAUAUAUUAAGUGUAAUUUCUGGUUUUGAACUCCUGUUUCUCUCUUUUCACCCAUAUCUUACAAAACUCAACAUCUAUGCUACAGUCUUGUGCCUGUUUUUACAUUCUAGUAUUUAUUGUUGUAUAUUUAUUUACCACUUUAUUUUUUUCUUCCAUUAAAGCACUAAUUCUAGUAAUAUAAUUUUAUCAUUUUCAUCUCACUAUUACAAGCUUCCAUGUUUCUCAAUAUUAUUUUUUUUAUUUAAAACAUGUGCACUUUAUAUUUUGUUAACAUGCAUUAUUCAAGCAAAUCAAUACAGUGGUGAUCAUACAAUAUGUACUCUUAACUUAUUUAUUGCUGUAAUGACUCAGUCUUUUCAAUGGGCAAAAAUGAUCAAACUUUCAGAUGCAUAAUUUUAUUCUCACAAAAUUGUUUUUCUGUAUAGCAUAUAUGGUGCUUUAAUAGCAUAGAAUACAACAGCAGAGUAGCUUGCUUUUUAAUUUUGUUACAACCACUCAAUAAUAAUGUUUUGAUUUUGAGAAAUUCUGACUUAAAAAAUACAGUAUCAGUAAAAUGUGCAAUUUUCCCCAUUGAAAAGAUCUUGUAAUUACUGUAUAUUUUGAUUGCAAUUAUUUAAUGAGUGCCAGCUUUGCUUUUGAUGUAUUUUUUAAUGUUAA